CGCGCCAGUAUUGGUGCAACCGCGAUAGACGCGCGCCGCCACAAAUAGCGUUCGCUCCGCACUCGCUAGUUCAUGUGAUCUCAUUUACUUCACUCAUAUCCUGAAACAUUGAUUAAUCAGAGCAAGAUGUCUGAGGGCGCACAAGCAGACGCUGCCGUGGAGCAGGUGACACAGGAGGUCAAGGACGUCAAGCUGGAGAAUGGAACUGCUCCGGGAGCACUCAACGGAACGGCCAACAAAAGCGAAGGAACUAUCCCGCUAAAGGAUGCGUUCAAAGCGUUUUCUAAAUUCGGAGACCCAAAGUCAGAUGGCAAAACGAUAACGCUGUCACAGAGCGAUAAAUGGAUGAAACAGGCGAAGGUAAUCGAUGGAAAGAAGAUCACUACAACCGACACAGCCAUUCACUUCAAGAAGCUGAAGACACUCAAACUUGGCAUUGAUGAUUAUCAAAAAUUCCUCGAGGAUCUCGCUAAAAGUAAAAAGAUCGAAGUGGAAGAAAUAAAGAAGAAGCUUACAAGCUGUGGACAGCCCGGCGUCUCAUCACACGUAACAAAGUCACCAGCGGCUGCAGCGGCCGUGGACCGUCUAACGGACACCAGCAAAUACACGGGCUCCCAUCGGCAGCGGUUCGAUGAGACAGGCAAAGGCAAGGGCAUCGCUGGCAGAAAGGACCUCGUCGACGCCUCGGGCUACGUCUCCGGCUAUCAGCACAAGGACUCUUACAACAAGACCCAUUAACUAUCAAUAUGUUCACACGGCUUACAUUUUAAACAUUAUAUUUACCCCAGGAUCCGUCUUUCGGACCACAAUUAUUAUGUAACGACAAUAUACAGCGAUUUCCUUACAAAAGGGAUGGUGCAUAAUAUCACCGUCUUUUUCUCUAUGUGGAAUCGAAAUAUUUUAAUAUAAUAGGAUCCUUUAGGCCAGGUACAACUCUAUAUCAGGGGAUUGUCCAAAGACCACUCCGAAGCUUCUCUACCAUUAUCAAUUUUUGCAAUAACUACGAUAGUGAUUAUGAUAACUGCUGUAUUUAUGCAUUUAACAAUCUGAUGCUUUGUGUGUUGUGCGAAAGACAUUCCUUCCUUAGAAAGUAAAUUAAUAUAGUAAGUUGGAACGUUUUCUCCGAUAAGUAUCACUGGCAAGUUUAUACCCGACUGCUAAAUAGAAGGGUAAAGUUUUAUCUAAUCUGUACGUCUAGUCGUGUGUAGAGUUAGAUUCUUUACAAACUAUUUAAAAUUCAAUGUAUUUUAUCAAUGAAAUGGUCAUAAAAUGAUGGUAUUUUUUGUAAUGUAUCUCUUGUAUUUUAUCUGUACAUUAGUACUAAAACUGUGUAAUGAAUAGUACAACACAUCUUAAUAUUAUUGAAAUGUACAAACUACGUAGCAGCCUACGUAAUGUACCUAUUUUAAGAAUUUUAAAUUCAUUUUACCUAUUACAUCUUUUUAAAAAUAUAAAUGUGUCAUAUAAACUAAGUGCACGGUUAUUUAUAAGUUUUUAGAUUUUAUAGGUUCUCAUUAAAACUGGUAAAUACACCGACAUUAAUUUUACCUAUUGUAAUGUAUUUACCUUAAAUUUAUUUUGUUAUUAUUAUUAAUAAAAUACUACAUAAUUAUA